AGGGGGGGGGAGAGACCUACUCACCAAGCAUAUAUACCGUACAGGUAUAAUUAUAAAAUUGCAAUUAUGAAGAAUUAUAUGCAAGUGAAAUUCCCCCCAAUUAGUUCUCCCCAGUGAAUGACAAGGGUACGCACCAUGCGUGAAGCGAUUUACGCGUAGGCGUGUAUCUUUUAGUUGCCCCUUUCGGAGUGGCACGGCGAGGAGAAAAAAAAAAAAAAAAAAAAAACACCACGCAUGUAUGUAUUAUAUAUAUAUAAGUACAUACAUACAAAGCUGCAGCGCGAAUGAUUGACUAACCACACGUCAUCGCUGGACCAACGUACAUUCACCGUGGCAUGGUUCACUGUGCCGACGCGCUACAUGAGAGUUUAGGCUUGUAGUAGAUACGCCAAAGGAGUAGAUCGCACGUGAAAAACGAGAUCGACUGCGCGAAAGAGGGGCAGUCGCAGUACCGAACGAUUAGCAGAAGUGAGGCCGCGUGGCUGCUCGAGGGGCGCGACUAGAGAGCACGCGGAGUGCGAGCGUUAAGCAGGCCAAGCAGGGGUAGGAGUGAUAGGAGUGAUAAGAGCUAUUGGAGUGAUUGCAGUAAUUGGAGUAAUUGGAAGUGAAGAGAAGCGAUUAGGGCGUCCACGCUUUGGCCAAUCUGCUGACCAGUCUGCCUACCCGCUGAGCUAGAGAGGCGCGCGAAGAGGGGCAAAACGCGAGUACAAGAGGGGUAGCACACGAGUACAAGAGGGGUAACAUACGAGCACAAAGAGGGCAAGCGGUAGUGUAAAAGAGGCACAGGGGAGUUAAGAAGCGCGUGGUGGUGCAAGCGAGAGCAACCUGUGCGAACCACGCAACCUGCGCAAUGCCACGAGCGCUAGAGCAACUGCGGGAAAAUGUUCGUCGGGAAACUGUACUCGUUGACGAGCCUGUGUGUAAAGAAAAUGUAUCAAAAGAGCGUGCACGCGUUUCUGCACUUGUAUUAUUUUUUGUAUAUCGUUGACCAGCGCAUGCGGAAAAAAAACAAGAGGAACAGGAAAAAGAAAGAGAGAAAUGUCUUGACGUUUGGGAAGAAGGAGCGAAGCGGCGCGCCCAAGGCGGAGUGAAAAAGGGGCGCAAAAGGGGCGCAAAAAGGAGUGCAAAAAGGAGUGCAAAAAGGAGUGCAAAAAGGAGUGAACAGAGGAGUGCACAGAGGAGUUUACGGAGGAGUUUGCAGAGGAGCGCAAAAGGGAGUGAACAAAACGUGUCCCAGCACAUCCACCGCUUCAUCGCUUCAUCACAUCACCGCAUCUCACCGCGCGCCAACUUGCGGAGUUCCCUUCUGCCCGGCGAGCGAACGCUUCCCCCUCUUGCAGGGAUGACGCACGCGCGCAAGUUCACGUGCUCGUCACACACAUGUGCAUCGCUGUAUGCGUAACUUCUGAGCGUGAGAGUACCCAUGCACACACGGCCUUUUCAGCCGACAGUGAUCAUUUCAUUUUUUCCUUUUCCAUUCCACGAGAAGAUGAACGUCGAUAUAGCCUUCGACGGGAAUGAGUACACGCACAGUGGGUACUCGAAGAAUUCCCUCAUAGAGGACAAAAAUUACACCCUGGAGUAUGAGAAGUACGUCCACUUUGCCUUCUUUACGUGUUACUACAUUUCGCAUAUAAAAGGGGAAAAAUGCACGGACACGGAGGUUUUGGCCUGGUAUUUAAAAAAGUUUGAGCACGUCGUCAUUAAUUCCACAAAAAAGGUAAAAAGAACAUAUUUUAAUUUAAUAAACAAUCUGAUUCAGGAUAAGUGUGUGAAGGCCAAGCUGGAAAACAAUAAAAGAUACCUGACCCACAAUGAGCAUUUCAUUUUGUGGGCGUGGAAGCGGAGAGCUCUCAAAUUCGACCGGGAUCAGUUCAACAAAUUUUAGGCCCAGAUGGGGGGUGGAUGCCCUUCAAGAGAGUGAGUUGGGCACGGCCUUCCUCCACCUUCUGCGUUCUUCCUCCCAUCGAUUGAGCAAUCCCUUUUUUCUCAUUUUUUCCCCCCCUGAGUUGAAUAAAAUUAUCACUAUUUUUUGGUAACUUUUUUUUUUUUUUUUUUUUUUCCUCAACUCCGAUUUUGAAAUGGCUAGUUGGACGCUGUAACUGGGUGGCUUCUUGCCCGCUUCGCAGCUGCCACGGCAACUUCUGCCACUGCUAUUGCUGCUUUUACCCCCCAUCAAACGAACAUGGUGGAGGAGUUCACAAACUUGAUGCCCUUCCUCUUCAAGCUGUCCUUAUCCUCCUCCCGGCCGAACAGGUACGCCGUUGCGUCCUCCACAAUGUAGGUGUCGAACCCCAAAUUCAAAAAGGACAGGGCAGUCUCCUUCACACAGUACUCGAAAAUGAAUCCGCAAAUGUAAACAGAUUUGAUGUUCAAUCCUUUCAGCAGUUUUAAAAUCUUCUCGUUGAUUUCCUCGUUUUCGAAAAAGGUGUGGCUGUCGUGGUUCUCUGUGUCCGCCUUCUUAAUUACAAUAUCGUUUAGGUGUCUUAUAAGAGUUGGGUGUAUUUUGCUUCCCGGGGUGUUCCGCACGCAGUGGACUGGCCACACGUCUAUCGAUUCGUUUAGGAAGUGCAGCUUGGUGUACUCCUUUAUAUCGCUAGGGGAGUUCACAUUUCUGUAGAUGUGCCUGGUCGACUUGAUUUUUGCCAUGUUCUGCAUCACAUCGGUUAGGGUAAAAAUUUUAUGUUUUUUUAGGAAGGCAGCCUGUUGCGAGUGCGCGGCCUCUCCAUCAGGGUCGUCACGCGGACAUUCCUCACGCGGACAUUCGUCUUCAUGCUCUUCGUCGAGCGCCCUUUCCUCGUCCUGUUCC